GAAAAAAACAAAAAGAAAUUAUUCAUUUAAUAAAAUAAUUAGAAAAAUAAAAUAUACUAAAUUCAAUUAUAAGCGCAAAUAAAGCAGAAAGAAUACUUUUUUAGUACAAACAAAUAUACGCUUUAAAUCUCAAAAGAAAAAACAUUUUAAUUAAAAAUGAAUUAAAUAAGUUAAAAUAAGCAAUAUUAAAGCUAAAUAAAUUAUAAUUUCAAGUAAGGAGUGCAAAAUAAUAGAUUUUAGACAGACUUCAAUUAAAAUGCUUAUUAAGCUAAUUAAUUCAACUUUUAGCAACAAAAUCAGAACAUGAUGGAUUACAAUUAAAAUGUAUAAUACUAAUAACCUGAUCAACAAAUGUAUUAACAAAAUUAAUAGUACUAUAGUUAACAAAAUCAAAAUUAGCAACUAGGAAAUAAUGGAAUGGAAAACUAUCAGAUGUAACCUAAUGACAUGCAAGUGAAUUCAAUGAAUAUGCAAUAUUAAAAUUAAUAUGAUUAUAAUUAGAUGUAAUAAUAUUAGCAAAAUGGUGAAUUUUACAAUCAAUAAAAUCCAAAUAAUUUAAAUAAUCCAAAUGGUUAAAUGAUUGAUAAUAACUAAAACCAAUAAUAUAAUCAAUAAGCUUAUUAUAACUAAAAUAUGUAGUAAUUUGAUUAGCAGCAAAUGUAAUAUAUCAACUAAGUCUAAUAAUAAAAAAAAGGUAUAAUAGAUAUGACUAAUUACUAAAUACCUUCCUUCUAGAAAGCUUAACAAAUUGACCCAGAUUUAACAUAAGAACAAUACAAUUUAUACACACAGAUUAUCUAAAAAGAAGAAGCUUUAAAUAGUACAUUUCAAAAAUUAGUUAGCAAAGAUUUAAUUUUUUGCAUGGAUAAAAUACAUAUUUAUCCCUUCUUAACAAGAAUAUGUAAAAAGCUAGCUUAGGAACAAAAAAAUGAUACAAGUGUUCUUGAAUGUGGUAGGAGAAUAUGCAUUAACUGUUUGGUUGUCUAUCUAAUUAAAAAGACCAGUUAUAACUAUGUCUAAAAGCUUAUAACAAAACAAAAUUAGUAAGACAAAACAUAUUUAUAAUACCUUGAUGAUUUUAAAUACUUUAAAAUAAAAUGCCCUAGCUAAGAUUGCUAAGAAGAAUAAGGUAAUUGCUAUCUUCAAAGAAAGUAAGUCGAAGAUAUGAUAAAUUGUAGACAAGGUUUUAUAAAUAAAUGA